AUGAUAUUGAGAGCAUGCGUACCUGGAAAGGACGACCUGCUAACAUAUCGUCUGUCUACGGCAGCUUGCCGAACAAGAUAUAAUUUGCCGUCUCUGCUGAAAGCAGCGUCUGAGUAUUUCGAUGUUAACAUCAAUCGAUGCUUGCUCGAAUCUGUCGACAUUCUAAAGUACCCAAUGCCGCAGCUACUCAAGAUACUGGAGGAUCCGAAGUACCAGGACGUUAUCAGCCCUGAUGUUUAUUUGAAUUUCGAACACAUGGACGAUGAUGAUGAUGAAGAAGAGCCGCCAGUUGAAGGGAAACCCACCACAACGACAAUUGUAGAGUAUCUACGUGUUAUUUUGGAUCAUUUGUUACACGUAAAAAUUUCAUUUCAGCUUGAAACAACUUACACGGAGGAUGUUUUGCCAAUGGUGGAUGACGAUGAUGUCGAUGGUGUUUACGCGACGUCAUCCCUUGUUGGAGCUGUCACCUACACUGAAGAGGAUGCUAUCGAUCCAGAAGAAGUGGAAGACGGAGAAGACAUACACGUCGAGGGCGGUCAACAUACUUGCAAGUUCUGCAAGUUCGCAAGUACUUCAGCUGAGGAACUCGACAAACAUCGCGCUCGACAGCACAAUCGUAAUACCGGCUACGUAUGUCAGCUGUGUGAUUACGAGGCGACAUGGAGCAAAACGUUUUAUGAGCACUGUCGAGAACACUGGCAACCGAGCGUUUCUUCAAAUGUCUCGAAUGCAAUUUCCGAGCUCGCUCCCGAACCCAACUUUGGGCUCACGAACGAAUGCAUAGCAGCUUAG